AUGUCGGACCCCGGCGUCCCCGCCGCCGGUGACAAACCGCCCCGGCUCCAGGACCGCAUCCUGACCGGGGUGCGCUGGGGCCGCCUCCUGGAGCCCCUCGGCUUCAUCAAGGUGCUGGAGUGGCUCUUCGCUAUCUUUGCCUUCGGGGCCUGCGGCUCCUUCAGCGGCGAGACGGGGGCGACAGUGAGAUGCGAUGGUGACACCAAGGAGAUGAGCGUCAUCUCCGUCCAGUUCGGGUACCCCUUCAGGUUAUACCAGAUCCCAUUUGAGAUGCCAGACUGCGAGGGCGAGGGGGGCACCCGCACCCUGCACCUCGUGGGGGACUUCUCUGCUCCGGCCGAGUUCUUCGUGACCCUGGGGGUCUUCUCCUUCCUCUACACCAUGGCAGCUCUGGUGCUGUACCUGCGCUUCCAUUCCCUCUAUGGCGAGAACAAGAAGCUCCCAUCGGCGGAUUUCUGUGUCACCGUUUGCUUUGCCUUCCUAUGGCUGGUGGCGGCGGCUGCGUGGGGCAAGGGGCUGAGCGAUGUGAAGGCAGCCACGAGGCCUGGCAGCUUGACGGCAGCCAUGGCCGUGUGCCAGGGCACCGAUGUGGUGUGCGGUGCCGGUACCACCCCGGCUAUGGGGCUGGCCAACAUCUCCGUGCUCUUCGGCUUCCUCAGCUUCUUGCUCUGGGCCGGUAACUGCUGGUUCGUGCUGCGGGAGACGCCGUGGGGGGCACCGGCUGCGCCCCGGGACUCCGCGGCCGAGCAGGGAGCCAUAGACAAGCAAUAG